UUUACCGGACUCACUCCCUGUCUUUCUCCUUCCAAGGCAUGCCUGGAGAGAAUGAGAAACAGCCGGGACAGGCUCCUGAACAGAUACCGCCAGGCUGGAGGCAAUAUGCCAAGGAGAUCUCAGAACACCCUUCUGGUGCAGGAGGUGAUGGAAGAAGAGUGGAGUGCUUUGCAGUGUGUGGACAGCUGUCCAGAGGUCUCGACCCAGUUGGAGGAGCUGUUGGACGUGACUGUGCUCGAGGAAAACCAGCAGGAGAUGGCUGACCAAGAGUGGUGCAUCCUCAGGGAGUACGAGAAGAGCCUGCAGUUCGAUGAGAAGUGUCUCAGCGUCAUGCUGGCCGAGUGGGAGGCAAAUGCCCUCAUCUGUCCCGUGUGCACAAAGUCCAACGUGAGCGUGUCGGGCGGUGUGGUCGCGUGUCCGUGUGGCCUGUACCUCCCCUCGCACGUGAGUGUCCCCCUUCCCACGGGCGUCUGCUUGCUGGAGGCCCCUUCGCUGGCGCUGCUGGAGCCGGUGGUGCACGUUUGCUCCCGGCGGCCCGGCCGCCUCGCCCCGGUGGCUGCGCUCGAGACCUUUACAGCGGGAACACCGGUCCCUGGUCUUCCCGCAAAGUUCCCACGUGGGAAGACACAACGAGUGGCCCUAAGUGGCGGGACGGGGCCUGAACGUUGGCGGCGGCGAAGGGUGACGCCGAGCGGGCGUUUCGGCUCCGCCCGGGGACACGAGGGGCUGGCGCUCAGCAGGCAGCCUGCCACGUCACCCUCAGCACACCCCGAGCUCGUGGAGCUCGCUCCUGCAGGACUCUGGCACCGUCCGCUCCGACCCAAUCCAGAUGCUCAUCCACUGCAGCCCGUGGCUCAAUCUGCGAAUACUGACUGA